AAGUACAUCACUCUCCAUAGGAACAACUAUAUGAUUAGAAAGCUGAUCACUAAAAGUGCUAGUAAAAACGAUUAAAGCUGAGCAUGACAAAUCUUCAAGUCAAGAACUAAUGAAAGACCUGUCAUUAAAACAUGCUUUCUGAAGUGGGAUCAUCUAGGCUAGGGUAAUGUUCUAUAGUUAUCAUCGUUUGUCCUCAGUUUGUCUUACAAGUAGAUACUUACUACAGAACUUAACGCGAAUCGAAAAGAAGCUGAAAGACUCGAGCGAAGAGAGAUAACAGAAGCCGGCAACGAUUUUAUCAAUGUCUACGGCCUAUGGAGAUAAUUUCAAGUGGCAUUAAGACUGGCUGGGCUGUGAUGAAAAAACUAGUGGGUAUAUAAGGGCCCCGAUUUCCCUGGUCCGGCACAGCACAAUGAAGGUGUUUGUCUUGUGCGCUCUGUUGGCUGCUGCCGCCGCCUGGCCCAGCUUGGACUUUGGGAGCCACUCACUGGAUGGCUUUCAGGGCGAUGCUUCAGAUGUUCCAGUGGCUAAGAGACAACAGGAUGUGAACCAUCUACUCUGGAAAGUAUAUGACCACCUACACUUUGAUGACUUGAAAGGAUAUGCUGAAAGCUUUGAUCCUGAGGCUGACACCUCUAUGUACAAGGAUGGAGGUGAAGCUGUGCACCAUCUUGUCAAGGAACUGAAGGAUCACAGACUUUUGGAGCAGCACCACUGGUUCUCUCUUUUCAAUGAACGCCAGAGGGAAGAAGCUCUGAUGCUUUUCGAUGUACUCAUGCAGUGCAAGACUUGGGAUUGCGCAGUACACAAUGCAGCAUACUGGCGAGAGCGCAUGAAUGAAGGAGAGUUUGUGUAUGCCCUUUACACUGCUGUCAUUCACUCUGAUCUUGGACAUGGCAUUGUUCUCCCCCCACUUUAUGAAGUUACUCCUCACAUGUUCACAAACAGUGAAGUUAUCCAGAAAGCUUACACUGCCAAGAUGACCAAUACCCCAGGUAGCUUCCAUAUGGAGUUCACUGGUACCAAAAAGAACAAGGAACAACGUGUGGCCUACUUUGGAGAGGACAUUGGCAUGAAUGUGCACCACGUCACUUGGCACAUGGAUUUCCCCUUCUGGUGGGAAGACAAAUAUGGACAUCACUUGGACCGCAAGGGAGAACUCUUCUUCUGGGUACAUCAUCAGCUGACUGUGCGCUUUGAUUCUGAGCGUCUCUCCAACUACCUGGAUAUGGUGGACGAACUUCACUGGGAAAAAUCAAUUGAAGAAGGUUUCGCCCCACACACUGUAUACAAAUAUGGUGGUGAAUUCCCAGCUCGCCCAGACCACAUUCACUUUGAAGACGUUGAUGAUGUUGCUAGAGUCCGUGACAUGAUUAUCAUGGAAAGACGCAUCCGUGAUGCUAUUGCCCAUGGAUAUAUUACUGACAAGGAUGGUAAAAUCAUCGACAUCAUGAAUGACAAGGGAAUUGACAAACUUGGUGACAUUAUUGAAUCCUCUAUGUACAGUCCUAAUGUUCAGUAUUAUGGUGCACUCCAUAACUUGGCUCACAUUAUGCUUGGUCGUCAAGGUGAUCCCCAUGGAAAAUACAACAUGCCCCCAGGUGUUAUGGAACACUUUGAAACAGCCACUCGUGAUCCUACAUUCUUCAGACUUCAUAAAUAUAUGGAUAAUAUCUUUAAGGAACACAAGGAUUCACUUACUCCAUACACUCAUGAGGACUUGGAUUUCCCUGGAAUUGAUGUAGAAAGCAUUGCAGUGAAGGGACCUCUUCGAACUUAUUUUGAAGAUUAUGAGUUUGACCUGCGAAAUGCUGUAGACAGUGCUGCAGGCAUUGCUGAUGUGGAACUAAAGGCACAUGUUGCUCGUCUUAAUCACCACGACUUCUCCUUUGUUGCUGACAUCAACAACAACAAUGGCAAUGAAGUAGUUGCUACUUUCCGUCUGUAUCUGUGUCCAGAUUAUGACAAUACUGGCGAGAAAUUUGAUUAUGACGAUGGUCAUUGGCACUGCAUUGAAAUGGACAAGUUCUGGAAGAAAUUGUCUCCUGGGGCUAACCACAUUGAAAGGAAGUCAAGCGAAUCGGCAGUCACAGUUCCAGACGUACCAAGCUUCCAGUCUCUUAUUGAUGCUGCUGACAGUGGCAGCUUCGACAUGCACGAAUUCGAAAGGGCUUGCGGAAUUCCCAACAGGAUGCUCCUGCCCAAGGGUAAGAAGGACGGCAUGGACUUCUCACUCUUCUUGGCUGUCACAGACGGUAGCUACGACCUCACUCAUCCUGAUGUAGAUUCAGAGCAUGGCGGCACUCACGCUCACUGCGGUGCUCACGGAGAAGUCUACCCAGACAAGCGCCCCAUGGGCUUCCCUCUGGAUCGCAAGAUUCCCGACAGGCGCGUCUUUGAUGAAACCACUAACAUUAAAUUCAGUCACGUGAAAGUAUAUCAUGAUGACAGCAAACUCACCACUGUAGGACAUUAAAUGACCCAAGAAAAAUAUCUUAAUGUUUUAACUGGAGGAAUUGAACUUUCAAUCAUUUGAUGUCCCUAUUUUCUCAACUUAGUAUUUUUAAUCAAUUUUGGUUCCAAACUUAAUGCAAAAAUGAAGAAAUAAAAUUCAUCAGUAACA